AUGGCAAGAAGGCUGGUGAUCAAAUCAUAUUGUCUUCAAUCGGACAGAAGCCCAGAGAGUUUGGCGAAGGCUUUCCAGGGGAUUCAUUUUUCAUUACGGACCUAUGCGGAAGGGUGGCCAGUACUCUACGUAACAGAUGCUGGCGAACUAGUUCAGGCAAAUGUCGGUAAAACGGGUACAGAAAUAUGCGAGCGGUUUUUUGCCUUAAGCAAGGAUAGAUUGACAAUUGCUGACUUCAAGGAGAUUCUGAAGAUGUUUUCAAGAAAUCCAACUGCUGUAGACACUGCGAUUUGUACAGCUUCUAGGAUCCUUUCAUCGCUAGUCUGUCAGGUGGAUAAGAAGACCCUUGCUAUCAUCGAUGAGCACGGCAAGCUUUUUAAAGAUGGUAAACCAGUGCCAAACCUCUUCCGACCUCUGAUUGACAUCCAUCUAUGGGAUCCCGCGAGCAAUGGAGCUCGAGUGAUCUUUACCGUGACGGCGUUUGCUGGCUAUGAAACUAUAAUACUCACCCGCGACGUCGAUUCAAUCCUAGAGUUUGUAGGUCCGCUCUUCAAUACGAUUUUUGACAAACUUUUAGCAUCAAGUCCCCUGCUAUCAGAGGAAGGUGUUAGGGAGGAAGCGAAGAGAGCCACAAACAACGUUUCAAGGGGACUCAACAUGCUGGUCGGGUUUCUUAACGAGUCUGGACCCAAAGACGUACACUUGACUACUGUACAAAAAAUUAAAAAAUUCGAGAAUGAACGACGCGCAUCCUUUGCAGAAGCUACCCAGAAAUACUAUCAAAAACUUGACGAUACGUCGAAGCAAAUUCACCUCGAGGCCAUUUCACGCAUCUUUUGA